AUGGCGACCACGCCGAUAGCUGCGGCCACGCCGUCGCCCCCUCCUCAUAUUCACACACCACCUACACCGCGCCUAGGAUUUGCGGAUUCUUGGGAGCCCUUUUCGCCGCGUAAGUCGUCGCGCAUUGCUGCUGCCUCCAAGAAUGCAUCAAGAUCCGCAGCAGCACGCACACCUUCACCAUCUGCGGCCGCCCGGCAAGCCGUCCGCCAGCCACGCUCGCCGCGCCUCGCCAAACAAGCAGCUCCCACACAGCACCAGCACAACCUACAGCCACAUCCGCAACACCUCGACGUUGCUACGUUCUCACCGGCACCGACGCCGAGGAAGAAGAAAACUAUGCCUACUGCCCAUUUUCUGAGCCCCGAGGACGCGCUCAAGUCCAACAAGAGCGCGGCUGGUGGCGAGAGCAGCACCUACGGUGGCCGCAUGGGCGCCGGCAUGUUGCCCACGCCGGCCAAGACGCCCAGUAAGAAGGUACACGCGGCCUCGCAAAACGAGUCCAACAUCGCCGCCAUCGCUCGCAACCUAUUCCACACCAACGUCGAUGAGGUCAUCGCUUCACCGAGCAAGACGCCCUCCCGCAAGGGCAAGAAGUACACGGGUUUCUCGCUCGAGAGCUUCACCGAAGUCCAGGAGGAGGAACCAAUUCCCAUCUUCACCGACUCGCAGGACCGCGUGCCCGAGGCCGACACCAGCGCGGAGAACCCCUUCUUUGGUGAUGGUGCCACCGCAACCUCUCCUCCCGAGCCGACACGUCGCCGUAGCAAGCGCAACCAAGUGUCGAUCAAGGGCGAGGGAAAGCAGACAGUGGAGGAGGCCACUCGCCGGGAAGACGGCCUUGUCUACGUGUUCCGUGGCAAGAAGAUCUUCCGCAAGUUUGAGGACAGCGCCGACGCGCAAGAGGAGGACAUCCUGGAAGGCCUGACGUCUGGCGCAGACAAGGGCAAACGGCUGACACGGUCGGCCAUCAAGCCGCGCUUGUUGUUCCCGCGUGAGGACAGCAGUUUCGCGGAGACGACACCCAACGGUGGCACGACCGAAGACGAGGAGGCCGACACUGACAUUGAGGAGAGUAAUACGGUCGACAGUGACGGCGAGGCCGAAGCCGAAGACGACAAGUUGGAACCCACUAUCGCCUCGGCACCGAACACACCACCUCCUGCACCCAAGUUUGCUGCACCCGCCUCGCCGCCCACGACAACGCGCACGAGACGGUCUGGCCAGAAGUCGGCCGAGGAGCUGACGCCCAUCAAGGCCACAUCGGUAGCUGCGCCCAAGAAGCGCAGUCCCUUUGAUGGCUGGCGCCAGACCAAGAGCAGUGUAUCGGCAGCAGCAGGGCACAAGCGGACGGUGGACGCCCUCGGCUCGUCGCCCUCGGCAGCAGCAAAGCGGAGUCGUGUUUAG